AUUGUAAUAGAUUGUUCAUGGAAGAGAAUGGUAAAUGUAGGUGAGAGGCCAAACUAUUUACAGUGUCAUAUCUGUCCUUUAGCCCAGAUAUGAUUAUAACCUUUGGCUUUACUUUUAGUUUGUGCAUGUUUUUAAACUAUUAAACUUAAAGCAAAGCCACUUUAAAAGUUACUUGUUGAUACUGUUAAUUGUGUAUUUGACUUUAAUUGGAUAUUUUGCUGUUUAACAAAUCCUAAAUCAAUUCCCUGUGAGAAUGACUGCCAGUUGGAAUAAUAAUGGAAAAGAAGCACUAAUCAUGGCUCUUCCGAACACAUUUAGAAAGAUGAUGAUCACUAAACUCUCAACUAACUUCAGAGAAGCAGUCAAAAUCAUGACUGUUCCUAUGAUAGAACCAGCUGAGAAUGAAGUGGUUAUGAGAACAAGGUAUGUUGGUAUAAAUGCAUCUGAGAUCAAUGCUUCAGCAGGAAGGUAUGCUAACACGGGUAAACCCCCCUUCGGUGCUGGUAUGGAGAGUGUUGGAGAGAUCGUGAGUGUUGGUAGCGGAGUAAAAAACCUUCAAGUUGGACAGGCCAUAGCCAGCAUGACAUGGGGGGCCUUCUCGGAGUACACUGCUGUGCCAGCGAAAAUGGCAAUCCCUCUGCCGGCCGCUAAACCAGACUUUGUAACCCUGAUGGUCAGUGGGAUGACAGCUGAUCUUAGUCUGGCUGAGCUUGGUGACUUGAAGAAGGGAGAAAACGUUUUAAUCACAGCCGCUGCUGGAGGAACUGGCCAAUUUGCAGUCCAGUUGGCCAAGCUCGCUGGAUGCCAUGUUAUAGGAACUUGCUCAACAGAUUCAAAAGUAGAAUUUCUAAAGAAAAUUGGAUGUGAUCGACCUGUCAAUUACAAGAAAGAGAAUCUCAAAGAUGUGCUCAGAUCAGAGUACCCGGAAGGCAUUGAUGUCGUCUAUGAGACCAUCGGUGGGGAGAUGUUUUCAACUUGUCUCAAGGCAUUAGCCAACAAGGGGAGGAUCAUCGUUAUUGGAUUUAUUGAGAGCUAUCAGAAAGAGGGCGCCCUGGCUCCGAAGAAUGAAGCAUCAUGGUCCGGAAUAGUACUCCAGAAGUCUGCAUCCAUCCGAGGGUUCCUUCUCUUCCAUUUUGCUGACCUCUGGAAGCGAUCUUUGACCAAUCUGACCCAGCUGCUGAUGGGAGGUCAACUCAAGGUCAGUUACGACCAAGGCAAGCAUGACCCCAAGGGACCGUUCACUGGCCUAGAAGCUGUUUAUGAUGCUGUAGAUUACCUGUACACUAAGAAGAGCGAAGGCAAGAUCGUAGUAGAAAUCAACCCAGAAGAAAAGCCUAAGCUGUAAAGACAUCGCAUGAAGAAAUGGGCAGGUCAUGUCUGUUUAUUAAUCAGGUUAUGAUAAUACAGUCUUUCAAGUCAAAAUGACAAACCAUUCGUAAUCAUUAAUGCAAAUGUGGCACUUGGGCACCUGACCAAAAGUCUCUGCUGUUGCCCCCCAAACUAUAUUGUAACACGCACAAUGUAAUGUGGUGCGGAGGAAUGAAAAGCUAGAGCAAUAAACUUGGCCACUUGUAAAGACCCUCUGAAGACUCACUACCGAGAGCCAUUCAUGUGCCCUCUAAGACCGAGUGCUUCAUUCUAGUAACCGUCAUAUUACAUCAUCUCCCACAUCUAUUAGCAGGAGUCCUGAUUUAAAGGCACUAUGCAUGUUUUCAGAGCGACUUUUCCAGCAUCCCACUAUUUUUCCUAUGAUGGAAAGUGAAGAUUUGUGAUGAAAAGAUGCAUGUGAGAUUUCUGUGCGAUAGAUGAGAUUUUGACUGUUGGUAAGAUGCCUCUUUAAUUUGGGACCUGUUUCACAGACUUCUUCCUAAAGCAGGUUACACUGUACUAUGUAAAUUGUUAAUUGUGAUGAGACAGCCACAUGGGUUUCAUGGCUGUUCAGGGUUCUACACAAUGUAGGGUCCUGUUUCACAAAUACUUGUCAUAAUAACAAAAUGCAUGAUUUAUGAAACAAAUAUGCUAUCAACCAAUCUAAUUGAAUGAUUUCAGUAGCUUUAAACUGGUUUUUGCUUUAUUGUUUUUUAACAAGUUUUAUGAAAUGGGUCCUUGAAAGUCAUGGAAAACAUUUAAAUACAGUUUGCGCUAUAACAUACAAGAAAUUUGAUUGACACGUUUGAUAUCAUAAAAUUGGAUUUGUCAAAUGCCAAACAAGAGUAAAUGAUUGGUACCUCAUAACUUUCAUAAAGAAGCUUGCCUCUUAGAUCAUGAUCAGUACUAAAAUUGAAAGUAAUCCUUAGGUUGAAAAUAAUUAAUUUUGUACUCUUUGCACCUCACUUAUUGAAAUCAUGUCAACUCUCUUAGUAUGCAAUUAUGUCAGGAUUUAUAGAUAUGAUUAUUUUAUUGACAAAAUAAUGAUGCACUAUGUAUGAAAAAAAUAAUAAGGAUUUAGAACCUCAUAGAGUAGUUACUGUUCAUUAAAGAUUUUCAAGCCCCCCCCCCCCCCCCCGAAAAAGGGGGCAAAAUUAAUUUUUAAUGACUCAAAUUCCAUUCAUUAAUUAUGACACAAUUAGAUGUGACUACUUGUACAUGUAUAUAAGAUAUAUUUUUAGUGGUCAAAUCUUGAAAUAUUAAUAAGAAAUUGAAUUCAGAAUUUGUCAUGUGAUUUCAGCUUCGGACCAAAGUUGUGUAUCAGAAUAUUUCAGUAGCAUUUAGCUUUAAUACAUGAUGCCAAGGUAUAUGGGUGAUUUACCUCAUUUUUUUUAAUCGGAGAAGAUAUUUGAAUCCAAUAUUUUGUUUGUGUGUAAAAUUGAAUUGUGUGAUUGUGAUUGAUUUGUAUUGAUGAUUGUCUUGAAAUAUGCAAUAAUUAAUUUGAUGAUUGGGUAAUUUAUUUCUUUAUUUGUGACAUUACAGUAUAGCAAAUAGAGAGUGCAAUGAAUGUCUUUUGAAGUUAGAAACUUGUUGAAUUGCAUGAUAGGGGUGAUUUUCAUCGCACUGCCAAGUUGAGGAAUUGAGUGAUCAUUAUUAUGGAUACUUAUAGAACCGUAUAUAUCUUUCAAUGUUUAGUGAAAGAAAUACAUUGUAGUGAAUCAAUUUGAGGGUGGUUGUGUUAUCACCAUCUCUUAAAAAAUAUUUGUUCAAUCAGGAUAUAUGUUAAUAUUUUACUUUCCAUAUUGUUUUAAUUUCUAACCUUUUGAAUUUUGUAGCCUUACAACUUCCUGAAUUUUCCCCCUUCUAACCUUCUUCUUUCCGACUUUCCACUCCAUCUAUCCCUUAUCCUUACUCCCCCCUCUCUCUCUCUCUCUUAUGCUCUGUUCUAUCUCUACUCUCCUCUCCCUUUUCACUUCUGCUAAACCCUAAUGUUCUGCUCUCAUUCCCCUGCUUUGUCGUUUUACUUGAUAAAAGCGGCGUGUGUAUUUCAAAUUAAUAUCUUUUUUAUGUGAUAAAACCAACUUGUACGUUUUUUGUAAAAGAUUAUACAUUUCAGCCUUUGGCUGAGAAUGAAUUUCAAUAAACCAAAUACCAUUUAUCAUUAUUCAUUUGGAAAAUGUAAUUUUAUCAGUCAAUAUUAUACACUAUUGAAAUAAAAUUUGUAUUAGUUUUUAACUUAUGCAAUGGACAUCCAGAA